UAUGGCUUUUUGACUGAGUGGACAACCAGACUUUCUGGUAGGAUAUCGAUGUGUGUGUGUACUUAGACCAGUUUUAUUAAUGAAUAUUAUUCACGAACGAUGCGUACAUGCAGUAAUUAUUGUAUGUUGAAGGCGUGACGGUGAAUCAACAAGGAUUCAGUGUCGAGGUGUUGUUAAGGGAGAUUUUUGACAGUACCCUUGUUCAAGGAAAAGCAAAUGGAUAACUGCGUUGUUGGAGAACAGGAUUAUACACAAGAAAGGGCCUGGGACAAAAAAAGCGGACACUCAUGACCCAUAAAGGGUGCACUUACCUAUAAAGAAAUAUCUAUCCUGUGUGGAUACCGGCAUUGCUUUCAGGAGGAUUUAUUAAAAUGAGAAGUUGAUACAUACAUUUUUAAUGACGUCUGAAUUUGUGCAAAAUCUUGAAAACAGAAUGAACUUUUACAAGCACAUGCAGGACCGCCGCCGUCGAAAGUUGCCUUACGUUCAGCGGCAUAGGUCCCAGCAAUUGCACAGCUUCUGGCCCACAUUUCGCGGAGCGCUAGCAUGGAUGCGCAAGAACCAGGAGACUCUGAACACGGCGAUAAGCCUCCUUGACAUCUACCCAAGUCUUAUACAGGACAGUUGUAUGGACGUAUUCUGGGAGUUCCUCAAACCCUACGUUGUAUCCGACGACACUAAAAAAAUCAAGAAAGUGCCUCUCGACAAAACGGACGACCGGAAGUCCCGUAGGGGUCAGAGUACAGCCAAGGUCAAACCUCCACCUAUUCCGAUCAUUUCUGUUACAAACGACCUUGAUGAUGAUAUUGAUGAUCUGAUAAAAGAUUCUGAUUUCAAUCAGAGAAAAACGAAACUUUAUAUCAGUGGUCAGUCGCAGUCUGAUGUUCUUAUGUCCCCAUUUUCUAAACUGACAUCUGAACUGAAAGAGGAAUACAGCAUUCAAGCUAAAGUGCCCAGCAACUAUUCCGCGCACAAGCUUUGUCAAUCGUUGUCAGACUGUGAAAUCUUCUUAUUUUUAAUGAGCCAAGAGAGUGUUUUUAAUCCAUCUAGCUACCGCGAUCUCUCCGCUGCCUGGACAAUGGACAUUCCGACAGUGUUCGUGAAACCGCCAGGGUUCAAAUUGCCGAGCCCUCUGCCAGAUUCUGUGAUCAUGUACACAUUUGAAAAUCAAAUCAAAUCAAACAGACGUAGAUGUGCUGAUAAGUUUUCGCAUAGUGUCACGCCAUCGUUGGGGAGUAAUUUGAGGUCGGACCAAAGACAAGCAAGCGCGUUACCAAGUCUUCGGCCACUUUCCGCCCAAGAGGUCAGUUCUUACAGGAAGCAUCCGCUCGUCCACCGCGAUUCCUGUGACAUCGUUCUCAUGCUCAUCAACGGCUACCGGAAUGCCACAGUGUGGGAUCCCAUCAACCAGGACCAAUCCUUAAACGACAUAAAAAGGAAAAUUGAAAAAAAUAUUUAUAAAAUGGACACACCAGUUCCAUCCCCCACUCCAGAUGUUACUUCAGCAGGUAUGUUUGUGGUCGGGGAAGAAACACGCAAACAUGACCUAAAACACAACGCUGGAAACCUUUUAGCGGUACCAAACUAUAACAUUCAUUCUCCUCUUAACAUCAGCCUCGAUGACCUGUCUGUCGACCAUGACAUACAGACACCUAUCAGUCCGUCUCCCUUGUACCAAAGUCUGUCCGACCCCGAAGAGGUCACAAGUCCUGUGGAGAAGGAGACGUUUUAUGUCGUUUUCAAGGACCGCCAUUCUCCUGGAAAUGUUGUGAAAUGGCCACCUACCGACGAUCAGGUCAUGGUUGAUGACGUCUUCGCUGAUUCCCCUCUCAGUUUCAAAGAUGUCGAUCUAACUCUGGAUAUGAGGAAUGAACUUGAAACAUCAGACUGCGAGUCGUCAGCAGGGGCCCUAUAGACUGUGGGAAGGAGGGGCGACGAGGAGGAACAAUUGCCAGGAUGUUCGCUUGUCACGUGAAACCUCGUUAAUCCGGACGGUAACUGUUCGGAUUAACGAAACUCACGUGCCAAUGGUACAGAGAAAUGUCCUUUGUAUAUUUUUAGAUGUUCCCAACAGUAAUCGCUUGGAAAGCAGGCUUUUUCAGAUUAACGAAGGUCCCAUGUUUUUAGUGCCUUGUGUGAAAAUGAGUCAUUUUAUCAAAUCAUGAAACGGAUUGAUAUACCUAUACAAGACUUUGUGUUUACACAUCUUCCGGAGGCAAGAGAGUUAACUGACUACAAAAAUCCAGUUUCUACCCUUGUCGAACUUGGGUGGAAUUUCGUGGCUCGAUCGUAGAACCAACCACCAGUGACUAUUACGAGUUAUGUCCCUCCUACUGACUAAUCAGAAUCCACCUAUAAUACUAUUUGUAUUUGCUUCAAACAAAAUUGCGGCGCCCAGUCAAGACUAUCUGAUCGAUAACCAAGACCUAUAUUGUAAAAAAGGCGUCUUACCUCGCGAAGUGCAUCAAAUUACAUGAGAACCUUGAUUAAAAAUAUGAAAUAAUUUGGAAAAUAUCUGUCAACGCAGAGUUGAUGGUACACAUGCCUUUGAAAUCCUGCAAUCAACCGAAAUCUGCAUGUCAGCAUACGAACUCGGUGUCGUUUUCAUUGGAUUAUACAUAGACUCGUUAGUCCAGCCAAAAUAUAACUCCAUAAUUCCAGCCAAGUUCGGCAAGGGCGCAAACUGGACUUUUAUAGUCAGUUAACUCCCUUGUCUCGGGAAGAUGAUGUUCGAACGAUUUGGAUCAACAAUGCUGGGACUGCCAACUUAGCCGAACCUAACUCCUAUUUUAAAUGUUCCUAACAGGAUUUAGAAGCUAAUGACAUUCAGUCCACAUUGGACAUAGUAACUGCUAUAGUAAUAUUAUAAAAUAAGAAUGUGUGUUCGUGUCUAUGCAACCGUUCUGUGAUGGUUAUCUAGGUUAUGUAAUGAACAUGGGUUUGCUCCUAUUCAUUUUCUCAUAGUCUUCUAUUCUAUUCUAAUAUUAUUAAUAUAAAGUAAUGAUUGGUGUAUUGUAAGGACUAAAUUGUAUAAAAGGUUGGUAAGCAAACAUAUGUUCAUAAACCAAUACUGAGAACUACGAUUCCUUAUAGUUAACUCAUUAAGAGACCUUGUGUUACCCCCUGUGAAGAUCCGGGUUGGUAUUGCGCUUUAGCAACCCAUGCGACUAACGGGAUCGCGUGGUCAGGCUCGCUGAUUUAACUGAUGCCAGUCAUCGUAUCCCAACUGCGUAGAUCGGUGCACAUGAUGUCCAUCGCUGGAGUGUUUGGUGUCCAUUCUCAGUCGAGGUCUAGAUGUCGAAAUAAUAGUGUCCUGUGUGAAACCUGGUGUACUUGUCAGCUGCAAGAUUGAUACACGUAAUAAACAAAUAGUUUGUGUAUAAACAAAGUGGUAAGCUUCUACAUGUUUCCUUGUUCUGUAAAACCUACACACAACCCUUUGGCCUAUGGCGACAACUCGGUGUGCAGUUACACGCUCAUGCUAAAUUUCAUUAUUUUGACUUUGCCAAUCCGAGAAGUUCAGAUUUAUAAGCAUAAAAACAAAUCUGCAAGAAGGGAAGCACAAUUGGUGCACAUGGGGAAUGCCUAUUUCUUGCCUAAAGGUCUUACUCUCAAAG